AUGGAGCCUCGUGCCCGCGCCGCCAAAAAUGUUGGCAAAAUGAACUUCAGCCAUAACGAGCUGGGACAGCUCCUCUACGCCCAUGGCGACGUCCGCAUGCCGCUCCCCGAGACGGUCCGCGUGCUCGACGAAAUUGUGACUGAGUUCAUCCAGGGCCUUGCUUUCGAGGCAACACGCGCAGCCAACUACGCGGGCCGCCAAAAGGUCAAGUACGAGGACUUUGAGUUCGCGUUCCGCAAGAACGACGCCUUCCUCGGCAAGGUCCAGGAAGUAUUCGAGAAGAAGGGCGAGAUCGAGUCGGCCAAGAAGAUCUUUUCAAAGGACGAAGAGGUCGGUCUGAUGAAGGAAGUGGCGGAUCAGGAGCAGAAGAAGGACAAGCAGCCAAACGGGGUGGCCGAGACCCCGACUGCGGCGGAAACGGCGGCGAAGCAGGAGGAGGAGCUGGGCGAGGCGGACGAUGACGCCGAUGCCGAGAGCGAGGUCGCGGGACGACCGGCGAAGAGGGUGCGACUCGACGGGGAGGGGAAGUGA